ACCUCAUACAUCAACCGUUCCGGCAAGCUCUCCUCAAUGCCUGGGGCUCUUUCGUCCCGGAAAGGCUGCCAUUACGCCCUCAUUCCAUAGUAUAGCGCCUGUGACCUCCCGCGGCCCAUGCACUCUCUCAGGCAAGCAGGUAUGGUAGGGUUGAGACGUUUAUGCCUUCAUCGUGGGUUUCAUGCCCAAGGAACCACGAGCCGCCUGACAAGGUUAUUCUUCGUCUUGUCAAUCGCCAAGGGAGUUAAAGACUAUGCGACAUCCACCCAAGUUAUCUGCUCCUCCAUCCUCAGUCGCUUACUCUUCCGUACUCGAGGUCUGCCUAUUGAGGGUUACGUUCCUUUCCUUCCUUCCUCUAAUUUCUCAUUCAGAUCACGUUGAACGUGUCUGCUUUUUUUCUAAUCUACCGCUAGUCGGAGUCCAUUCUUUUACAUACCUUACUUUCUUGUCCGCCACGCAAUCACCAUGCGUUUCUCCACAUUAGUCCCUCUACUGCUCGCAGCUGGUGUCGCCAACGCCCAGUUUGGAGGUAAAGGCAAAGGCAAUAACCAGAAUGGUAAAGGCAAAGGCAAUGGCGGAAAUGGAGGCAAUGGAAAAGGCAAAGGCAACAACAACAACAACAACAAUCAGGGCAACGGUGGAUUGGCUCUAGAUCCGGCAAAUGUCCAGACCGCCAGUCAGUCUGACGGAUUAGAUGGCGGCGCUGAGGCUGGACAAGCUGCCUCUGCUACGGACGCUGCCAAUUUCAUCAAUUUCUGUCAGGGCAAGACACUCACCAACGGUCUCCAAGUCAAGGGAGGUUCUUGCAAUGGAAUUGUCAUGGGAGACAUUCCUGCAACGAACAAAAUGGUGUCUGCCAUUUUCAUUGAGCCCAAGGACGGCGAUACCCUCCCAGCAGACCAAAAGCUGACUUUCUCCGUCAAAAUUGCCAACUUACAGGCUGGAUCCUUCACCAAUCCUGACAACACCUACUAUGCCGCUCCCCAGGCUCUACAAGGAGGCUCUGUCGUCGGACAUACCCACAUUUCGGUUCAGGAUAUGAACGGCAACAAAAAUCCUGCCAACGCUCUCAACGCCGAGACUUUCGCAUUCUUCAAGGGUAUCAACGACGCUGGUGAUGGCCAAGGUACUCUCUCAGCCGAUCUUGCCGAUGGCCUUCCGGCAGGCACCUACCGUGUAUGCUCAAUUACUUCUGCCGCCAACCAUCAGCCAGUGGUCAUGCCAGUUGCUCAACGUGGACCUCAGGAUGACUGUGUCAGAUUCGAAGUUACUGCUGGCGGUGGGGGUGGUAAAAACAACAACAACGGUAAAGGAAAAGGAAAAGACAACGGCAAAGGCAAAGAUAACGGCAAAGGAAAGGAUAACGGUAAAGGAAAGGCAGCUGGAGGCGGAAAGGGAAAGGAUAACGGAAAAGGAAAGGCAGCUGGAGGUGGAGGCGGAAAAGGAAAGGGAGGCGGAGGCGCAGGCGGAGGUGGAAAAGGCAAGGGCGCAGGCGGAGGAGGCUUUGGUCAAGGAGGAGGCUUCGGUGCCGGUGGCUUCGGUCGUGCACGCGGACGGCUCAACCGACCCAGAUUCGCUGUUCGCAACUUCGUUGCCUAGAAGCACUACCUUUGAGCACGAUCAACAGCGUGGGAUUUGGGCUUGAUCUCAAGCCACUUCAGGUGCGGCAUGUGGUAAUGGUACGUUUAUCUUUAGCAAUAGCAACGUCCGGACUGGUCAACAUAGAACGUACUUCUAUCCCUAGAGGGGUUUGGAAGGUCACUCUACGGAGCAUGAAGCGCAGGGCUUCAUUGGACUGGGUCUACGGGUACUAUUUUCCUUCUUCGGCGCUUGAGAUUAAACUUGACGAAAUGUAAAAUUAUUUUAUUGC